AUGGUGACAAUUGGGAAUGCUCAUGAAGAUCUAAUUCACGAUGCAGUAUUGGAUUAUUAUGGAAAAAGAUUGGCUACUUGUUCAUCAGAUAAAACAAUUAAAAUUUUUGAUAUAGAUGGAACUGAAAAUUAUAAACUAAUUACAACUUUAACAGGUCAUGAAGGACCAAUAUGGCAAGUAGCUUGGGCUCAUCCUAAAUUUGGUUCAAUUCUAGCUUCUUGUUCAUAUGAUGGUAAAGCAUUAAUUUGGAAAGAACAACCAGAAACUCAACAAUGGUCAAUUAUAGCAGAACAUUCAAUUCAUCAAGCAAGUGUAAAUUCAGUUAGUUGGGCUCCUCAUGAAUUAGGGGCUGUGUUAUUAUGUACUGCAUCAGAUGGGAAAGUAUCUGUUGUAGAUUUCAAUGAUGAUGGAACUACUUCACAUGUUAUAUUUGAUGCUCAUGCAAUUGGAGUAAAUUCAGCAUCUUGGGCUCCAAUAACGACUUCAUCAAAAGAUCCAAAUACAUUAAAACAACAAAGAAGAUUUGUUACUUGUGGAUCAGAUAAUUUAGCAAAAAUUUGGAAAUAUGAUCCUGUAAAUAAUACAUAUAUUGAAGAAAAUAAAUUAAUUGGUCAUACAGAUUGGGUAAGAGAUGUUGCAUGGAGUCCUUCAAAUUUAAUCCGUCCUUAUAUAGCAACAGCAUCACAAGAUUGUACUGUAUUGAUUUGGACUCAAGAUAAAGAAGGUAAUUGGCAAAAACAAGAAUUAACUGAAGAAAAAUUUCCAGAUGUAUGUUGGAGAUGCUCUUGGUCAUUAAGUGGGAAUAUAUUGGCAGUUUCUGGCGGUGACAACAAGGUAAGUUUAUGGAAAGAAAAUUUACAAGGUAAAUGGGAAUCAGCAGGUGAAGUAGAUCAAUAA